AUGUUUAUUUCUUUACAUGAUAGCGAAGCAUUCCAUUUAUUGCAACUAAGUCCUCAAGGGCUAAUUGUUACGACAAGUUUUUGGUCAUUACCAGCACUUAUCAAUGAUAUCAAUACUGUGAAAGCAAAUUAUAUCAAAGGAGAAUACUUUUAUGAGUUAGCAAAUAAUGCACUACAUUUACGCUGCCGUGCGACAAAUUUCUCAACGUACAUUAAUAAGAAAGUUUCUAUUCAUAGUGAGGAAAUAUCACAGGCUCAUAGUACGGUUUUUAUUGGUAGCAAGAUCCUGACGAAAUCAAAAAUUACCCACCGGCUGAUGAAUAAAAAAGUUGGAUUUGAUAAAGUGGAAGAGAACAAAGAUUUUUUAUGGAAUCUCGAGGAAUUGAACACUUUCGUUUUUAAUCGAAUAUCGACCACAAAAAAGAUAUCUCCUGUGCCACUUACUGGUAUCAAGAACAAGGUUUUCUCAAUGGCACCAGAUAUUGUCGUAGAAGAGAAUGUAGAUUUGCCAUGGCAUAUAAAAGAAUUGAAAAUUGUCGCUACUGAUUAA